CGGAUCCACUUGUUUGAAUAAAAGUACUAUGGAUCAUCCAUGGUUACCCGGACUCAGACACCAAACAGAUCCAGACUGUCCUGUCACUCCGGUGAGACUUGUGUCACGCAUCCAAAGAGUCGAGAUAUCCAAACAUGAACUAGAUGACCUGUUGGGAGGAGGAGGAGAAGGAGGAGGAGGAGGAGAAGGAGGCGGAGAAGAAGAAGGCGGAGAAGAAGAAGAAGAAGGCAGAGAAGAAGGUGGACAAGAAGGCGGAGAAGAAGGCGGACAAGAAGGCGGAGAAGGAGGCGGACAAGAAGGCGAAGAAGAAGGCGGACAAGAAGGCGGAGAAGAAGGCGGAGAAGAACGCGGAGAAGAAGACGGAGAAGAAGGCGAAGGAGAAGAAGAAGAAGAAGAAGGCAGACAAGAGAAGAAGAAGAAGGUGGACAAGAGAAGAAGAAGAAGGCGGAGGCGAAGAAGGCGAAGGCGAAGAAAGCAAAGAAGGCGAAGAAGGCGAAGGCGAAGGCGGCGAAGAAGAAGGCGAAGGAGAAGGCGGCGAAGAAGAAGGCGAAGAAGAAGGCGGCGAAGAAGAAGGCAAAGGUGGAGAAGGCGAAGGCGGAGUCGAAGAAGAAGGCGAAGGAGAAGAAGAAAGCGGAGAAGAAGGCGAAGGCGAAGGCGAAGAAGAAGAAGGCGAAGAAGGCGAAGGCGAAGAAGAAGGCGAAGGUGGCGAAGAAGGCGAAGGAGAAGGCGGCGAAGAAGAAGGCGAAGGAGAAGGCGGAGAAGAAGAAGGCAAAGGAGAAGGUGCCGGAGAAGGCGGCGGAGAAGAAGGCGAAGGCCGUGAAGAAGGCGGCAAAGGCGGGGAAGGCGAAGGAGGAGAAGAAGGAGGCGGAGGCGAAGGCGAAGAAGAAGAAGAAGGCGACGAAGGCGAAAAAGAGAAGAAGAAGAAGAAGAAGAAGAAGAAGAAGAAGAAGAAGAAGAAGAAGAAGAAGAAGAAGAAGAAGAAGAAGAAGAAGAAGAAGAAGAAGACAGCGAAGAAGAAGGCGAAAGCGAAGGCGAAGGCGAAGAAGGCGAAGAAGGUGAAGGAGGCGAAGGCGAAGAAGGCGAAGGCGAAGAAGAAGGCGAAGGCGAAGAAGGCGAAGAAGCAGAAGAAGAAGGCAAAGAAGAAGAAGGCGAAGGCCAAGAAAAAGAAGGCGAAAGGCGAAGCAGAAGAAGAAGAAGAAGAAGAAGAAGAAGAAGAAGAAGAAGAAGGCGAAGAAGAAGGCGAAGGCGAAGGCGAAGAAGGCAAAGAAGGCGAAGGUGAAGAAGGCGAAGAAGACGAAGAAGAAGGUGAACAAGAAGGCGAACAAGAAGGCGAAGGCGAAGGCGAAAGCGAAAGCGAAGACGAAGGCGAAGGCAAAAGCGAAGGCGAAGGCGGCAAAGGCGAAGGCGGCGAAGGCGAAGGCGGCGAAGGUGAAGGCGAAGGUGGCGAAGACGAAGACAGCGAAGGCGAAGGCGAAGAAGGCGAAGAAGAAGGCGAAGAAGAAGGCGGCGAAGACGAAGGCGAAGAGGCGGAGAAGAAGAAGGCGAAGAAGGCGACGACGAAGAAGGCGAAGAUGAAGAAGGCGAAAGCGAAGACGAAGAAGGCGAAGGCGAAGGCAAAGAAGGCAAAGGCGAAGGAGAAGGCGAAGGCGAAGGCGAAGAAGGCAAAGGUGAAGGCGAAGAAGGAGAAGAAGGCGAAGAAGGAGAAGAAGGCGAAGAAGGCGAAGGCAAAGAAGGCGAAAGGCGAAGAAGGCGAAGGCGGAAGUCCACAACGAGACGAACACGACUUAUUCAACGCCGUUGAAGAUACUCAUCGUGAAGAACUCGCUGCGAAGACUCAAGCUCGUCGUGGAAGGGGAUCACUGGGAAUAGAAGAAGAAAAAGAGGGCGGCGAAAGCGGCGGAGAAGAAGAGGAAGGAGGAGGAGGAGGAGAAGAAGAAGAAGAAGAAGAAGAAGAAGAAGAAGAAGAAGAAGAGGGCGGCGAAAGCAGCGGAGAAGAAGAGGAAGGAGGAGGAGGAGGAGGGGAAGGAGGAGGAGGAGGAGGAGAAGAAGAAGAAGAAGAAGAAGAAGAAGAAGAAGAAGAAGAAGAAGAAGUGUGAAAGUAAUUUUGUUUAUGCACUGGAACUCUCUCUUGGAUGGCAACAGGAACACAAUCCUACACCAAAU